AUGGCCACGUGCGGGAUUGGCCAUCCGUCUUCCUUCAACUGCACUGUGUGUCCAGCCAAGUUCUUCCCACCACCACCACCACCUCCUCCUCCUCCUCAGGCUCACUUCAAUGAACGCGGGGAGCUUAUCCCGUAUUCCAUUGUUCCCACUUCGUUAAUUUCGACGCGAUUUCCCACUAACACGACCGCCUUUCUCCCCAAAACGAUUGAGAUGUUGGAGGAAUUCGAUGUGGAUCUCGAGUUGGAAUACCCGGACGACGAGCCUCAGCAAGCUGAAACGCGUCCAAAUUCGUCUUCUGUCGGACCCAAGAUAGCCAUUGUCGCUCCAAAGCCGUUGGCGACCCCACAGAGCGCAAAAUCGAAGGUUAUUUCGAUGUUGUGCCCCACAGACGGCUGCAAUGGAAUCACGCGCAUGCCUGGUCGACGAUGUCUGUCGUGUAUCCAUAACAGCUGGUCAAAACUGCGGGCAACUCAAGUUGUUGGAGGCCAACCCACUGCGAUAGAACCUCUACUCAAGCCACCAAAGUCGCUUCUCCGCAAGGGCGUCAACUCAGGCGCAACAGAGGUGAAACCCAAGAGAAAGAAGAAAAAUCUGAAUGUGCGGCUUCUGGUAAACGUUCCUGGCUCUGAUAAACCAGAGAUUGUGGUGUUGGAUAAGCCAGUGGUUGAAACAGUUGGAUACAAAUUGACACUACCAGACUCAGAGUCUUGGAGUGGAGGCGGUUGGGAUAGCGAUUUGACGGACCUCACUUCAGACGACGAUCAAACCCAGGUUCAGCCUGUAGUUGAACCUCCUCGAACGCCCUUCAAGAUUCGCAUCCCUGCUCGUUCGCCCACUAAACCUCCUAAACCCACUCUGGACUGUCCGUCUGAUACGCUACCCCCAGUGCCGGCGGCUCAAUCAAAUUUCCAGCAACGUCACUGUACAAUUGCUCGUUGUCGCGCGCCACUACCACCCAUUACCGUUUAUCGCUGGAAGUGCUGCACUUCUUGUAGGACACACUAUCGACAGUAUCAACGCGACCGCCUUCAAGGCCUACGAGACACUGUCGCCGCAACCCUCACACUACCUUUAGCAUCUCGGAGUACCUCGCAAGAGCAUUCGUCUCCUCGUACACCUGACAGAACAUUAGAAAUGGCAAAGGAAGUGGAGGAUCAUUCGAAGAACCUCGCGGACGUAGAAUCCUCCCAAUCGACAUUAAACAUGUCGGGUGAAGCGCAAUUGGCGCGUUUUCCGGAGUUGUAUGUGCCGCAAGCCCGUGUUUGUCCUACUUGUGAUCAUAUCCUCCCUGGCCAGAAGGAAUACUCACUAGAAUUAUGUGUUGUCUGCACUCGACGCGGUCAGCUCAAAGUGAAUGAGAACCUGAAAAAUGUCUUGGUCUAUCCAGCAAUUCCGGUUCGACAGCCGGGUCGGUGCAAAUACGUCGAUUGUGGAUCACUUAUGCCUGAUGUUGGCAUCCAAGAGUGCCAACAAUGCAUUCGACGCAUGCGAAAGCUACCUGGACGGCCUCCAGUGCGGAAGAAGAGCUGCAAAACGCCUCCUCCAACACCGACACCCCCUCCGAAAUCCAUUGCCACCAAACCAGACGAGGAGGGCCGAUCAAACAAGAAACGGAAGAGUUUUUCUCCAUACCCUGUCUAUCAAUCCCGAGAUGCUGUGAUCAAAGAUUUUGGCGCACGCUUCCAAGGUUUUAUACGAGCUCAGUCUUUCUAUACCGUGAUGCGCAGCGGCGGCCUGACAUCACCAACAAUGUUCGACUUCAGUGGGGAAUACUCUGUGGUUGCGGCAGACCUGGAUGUUAUCGGCCGUCGUCCUCUAGCAGAAGCCCACGCGCGGAACGUCAAGAACGAUAUUGAGCGUGUCUGUGGCAUCCAAUUCAGCGCUACCAGCUGGGUGAGCAUCUUGGGCUCACCUCGUGGCGUUGUGAAUCGCUUUGCUUGCGCCCAUGUUGUCGACGUACCCGUUUCAAGACAUCUUACUUCUCCACCCAAGACGAUGCAAGGCGAACUCGAAGUUGCUAUCCUUCCCGACGACUCACACAAAUAUUUUCCGGGUGAGAAAACUAUUAUUCGCUUCCGUCUGGUUGGAUAA